AUGGCUACCGGUACAAAUUCUCCACCUCCAAAGCAGAAUAAAACGGUGGCUGAUUCGGCUAUGUCACUCUGUGCAUUGGAAGAUGAGAAGAGCGACAAUGCGCCAUGUGACAAAAGUAUCCUGCAAACGCGACAAUAUAUUUACGUCGCAUUGUCACGUAACUUUGCUGCAUGGUGCGUUCAUUUUGUCGAGGAUGAGACAACUUCGUUGUCAAAGUCAGUAGACUGGCAGUGCGGUAAGGCGUUAGCUGAAUGUUUGCACCAUAUCUUUACUUCGGGUACCGCCAGUGACGUCACUUUCCUUGUGGGAGAAGACAAGACGAAGAUAUCAGCUCAUAAGAUUAUCCUGAUAAGUAGAAGUCCGGUGUUCUACGCCAUGUUUGAGGGAUUGAUGCCGGAACAAGGAGACGUAAUUGUUCCGGAUAUCAAAGAGGAUAUUUUCAAGUCCUUCCUUGGGUAUUUAUACACAGACAAGAUUGCUCUUACGACAGAGAACGUGGUCCCAGUGUUAAGUGUUGCCAUGAAGUAUUGUGUGGAUAUCAUGAUUGCUGUUUGCGAGGAUUUUCUCCUACACAAUCUAACUGUUGACAACGUCUGUACAUUUUUGGAAGAGGCACAUGCCUUUCACAUUGACAAGUUAACGGCAGAUUGUCUCCAAAUGAUAAAGAAAUCUGCACCCGCUAGUUUGCGAUCUGAAUCAUUCGCUGCUCUUUGCUCUGUUUGCAUGGCAACAGUUGCUAAGGCUGAUGACCUUGAUGCAGAAGAGAGUGACGUUUACCUGGCCCUCACCAAAUGGGCUGAAGCGGAGUGUGCUCGUCAAAACCUCGAGGUUACGAGCGCAAACCAAAGACAAGUCCUUGGGGAUAAUCUAUUUCUCGCAAGGUUUAACACAAUGGAUCUACAAUUCCUCCUGCAGCGAGUAUUUCUGGACAGCAUUCUCAUACCAGAACUGGCGGUAGAUGUUGUUAACUUCAAAAUGCAUCAGCAGACAAGGCUCCUGAGUCGUAACCUCACCAGCCGGCGACGAUUACGUAAGGAAAAAAUAAAGGUUUGGCGAUGUUCUGAGCCUUCCUAUAGAUAUACACAUAACGAAAGUUGCAGUCCAGAAACAAAUUCAUUCAGCAUCUCUUGCAGAGCAGUACUCUAUGGGAUUGGAUCGCCAUUGGUAUCAAGCACUUCUGAUGUGGUUGUUUAUAAAGAUAACUGUCCCAUAAAGUCGGAAAACAAAUUACCAAUUAUAAAAGACACAGAAAAUGUCUGUGAAAUUGUUUUUACCAAACCCAUAUUUCUCACAGCAGGGUCGACAUACACAGUGGUUGAAAAGUCAUCUCAUAAAAAACACUGCAUUUUUGAAAGUUGUGUCGGGAAGGCUCGUUUUCUGAAUGGGGUGAUUACUUUCAAGGAAACUAGUCACACGGCACUUAGUUGUCUUUACUUGAUCCUGAGUAAACUUGAUGAUUAUGGACAGAAAACACCUUUUCGUGGAGCUUCCUUGUGGAGACCUUCAUACAACGAAUGAAACAUUCCAUACCGAAUUCCGUUAUAGCGUACCCGGAAAGAUCUGCAAUAUUAAUCUCACAAAUGCAACAUUUCAAAAACAAUAAGUAGAGUAAGUGCAAGUAGCAUAGUUACUUUCGUUUCAGAGAAAUUACAAUCUUUCUUUAGAUCUCACAAGUGAUCCUAUAGCGAUGUCAUCGUUUCGGUAUCAGAGAGCUGUGACGUCACAACUUCAAUGCGGUCAAGUUCUUCACAAUAGAUUCUACUUAAGAAGAAUGGUAUGUUUCAUAAUAUAUCCGGCUUGUCAUGUGAUUAAGGAAAGUUUUUAUCUCCUUUUCAUUAUGAUGUAUUUAUUGUUUUUAUAAGCGACAAGUAUACAUAGAGAAUACAUGGUCAGUGUCUUGAAAUAUAAGCUGUA